CUCAAACUCAACAAGCAACAACAAUAACGCAACGACAUAAGCAAAACCAAAACCUUCUCAAUGAUUGAACUCUUCUUCAAUUGUUACUUGCUUGCUUGCUUGCUUCCAGAUUGCUUACCGACCAACCCUACCUAGCUAGGUAAUCCAAUUUUUUAUGUCAGGGAGUACUACUACUAGAGUCUAGUAGUAACUACGUAGGUUAGUAGGAUAUCAAAAUUGAUGCAUACCUGUCUAGUUAGCAUAUAAAUAAAUAUCCUACCCACUGGGCAGCACCUACAUACCCGGUAUUCAUACGUGAAGGUAUUCAUAAAGAAUCCAUUCAUAUACAUAUACAUGUAUCAACCAAUUCAAUUCUUGGCUUAUUAAUCCCGGUUUCCCAACCAUCCAAUCCUAAUUCUGCUUUCUCUCUUUUUUUUUCUUUUCCUUUUUCUUUUUUUUCUUUCUUAAAUUGGGCUCGUGGAGAGAGACAGAAAAUCCGUCCCAAAACUGAACUAUGGCUACAACUUGAGGAUAAAUUAUCCCCCCCAAUCCUUCUAUAUCUCCCUCGCUCUUCCUAACCACACACGCGAUGAAUUCUUCUAUAUCGAGUAUCAUAUAUACAUAUCAGGAUGUAUUGCUUAUCUCCCUCCCUUCUUCCUCCCUCGAGGCCCAGCACCAUAACCUAAUCUCCAUGGACAUCAUAUCGCGGUGUUCCAUCGCGCAAGCCGCUAUCGCCCUUAUCUGUCUCCUGCUCUAUCUCAGUCACGGUUUCUUCCCCCAAGGUCCCCAAUGGACGCGACCUUUUGCUAAGGAAGAGACACUGCUAUUCGGCUUUCGCACCCGGCCAUGGAGUUUCUGGAGUUUUUGCUUGGCCGUCUUAUCCGCGAUCGGACUAGUCCUGGCCGUAUUAGCCGCCGCAUCACCGCCUUUUGCCACGGUGCGGAUUUUGGACCUGGCGCCAUGGGUUGUGACCCUCCUCAUCACGGUUGUUGACCGUCCGCGCAGCACCCCGAAGGCUUUACUUACUUUGUUCACUACGGUUUUGGUAUGCGGUUUGUUGUCGCUCGUCGCGUGGUACAAUGGGACGGCCCGCGUGAGCAUAGUGCAGGUUGCUGCCGUCAGUCUUGCGCUGGCCGGCAUACUGCUUAUUCUCGCCAUGCCGAUGCGGGAUCCGGAUCUGGACUCGACCGGGAUUGCAGACCCGCAGUAUCCCCCCACGUCGCGACUACGCAGCCCCGAGGAUAAUCUGAGCUUAUGGCAGUUCAUGACCGUGUCUUGGAUGACCCCGUUGAUAACACGAGGAUAUAGGAAUAAAUUGAAUGAUGAGGAUGUGUGGUUCUUACCGUAUGACUUUCAGCACGAGCGGUUGCAUCUUUUAUUUCGGGAUCUAAAGGGCUCUAUAGUGAAGCGUUUAAUUAUGGCGAACGGCUUGGAUUUAAUCAUCAUCACAUUUCUUGGACUUAUAGAAACGGCGGCGAACCUUUCUAAUCCCGCUCUUUUGCAGCGUUUGCUGCAAUCUAUUGAGAAGGGUCUUGACCACAGGAACGAAUCUUUCUUAUAUGCAUUGGCUACCUUAUCAGUUCGUCUUGUUGCCUGCCAGUCGGGUGUUUUUUUGCUUUGGUUUAGCCGCCGCGCGUAUGAGAGGUCGCGCGGCGAGAUGCUUACAGCGGUCUACGCAAAGACGUUAGCCCGAAAAUCAUUUGGACUUCGCACAGAUUUGGACGAGGUUCCUCAAGAGAAUGGUGGUGCGGAGCCGGACGAGGACACUCCCUUACUGGGGGGCAAGCCCAAGAAGUCUCGCUGGGUUCGCCUUCUCGAAACGCUUAGACUACGCAGCCCUAAGGCUCCAAGUAAGGCCAAGGGUGCUUCUGAGCAACCAGCAUCUAUGGGCAAGAUCCUCAACUUGAUGAGAAACGAUGUUUAUGAGGUGGCGCAACGUUUUUGGGAAUUCCCAAACCUGAUUACGAAACCACUGCAGUUAAUAUUAUCUCUAGCUCUCAUUUGGCAACUUUUGGGGUGGCCUUGUCUUCUUGGUGUCACGUGGGCCGUGGUUCUCCAGUUUGUGAACGCUGGUUGCGUGCGUUCCUUGAUUCGAAUUGAAAAGCGACGGAGAGUAGCGGCAGAUGUCAGGCUUCAAGCAACUACCCAGUUUGUCGAAGCCAUUAGACCCCUCAGGUGGUACGACUGGCAGUCCAAAUGGCUGGGAAACAUCAUGCAAGCCCGAGCGAAGGAACUACACCUACGGAUUAUCUCGAGUCUGUGGACCAUCGGGGUUGGUGCUUCCAAUCUUGCAGCCAGCGCUCUUUUCCCCGUGUUCACAUUCUUCGCGGUAACGUAUAUAGCAGGGCGGCCUCUUCCGGUUGACGUUGCCUUCCCUGCACUCCAACUCUUUACGAUGCUCGAAUCGAGUUUGAAAGAGCUACCUAAUUUAAUAACAGUAUUACUCAACGCCUCUAUAGCAGUGGGGCGUCUCGAAACAUUCAUGCGCGAGCCCGACAAGGAGGAGGGUGAUUUUGAUGAUUUCACGUCUGAGAUCGAGUUUCGCGGUGCUUAUUUUACGUGGCCGACUAAUGGAAAACUUGUUCUUGAAGAUAUCGAUUUGCGCUUUACCCCUGGGCUCACUUUGAUUCAUGGUAAAGUGGGUUCAGGGAAGACGGCACUCUUGGAAGCUAUCCUUGGCGAGCUCAACCAAGUGAGAGGAGAUAGCACAUUGCCUAACGAGAUGGUGGGAUAUUGUGCUCAGUCCCCAUGGCUCCAAAACAUGAGCAUUCAAGAUAACAUCUUGUUCAACUUCCCGUUAGACAAGAUCAGAUACAACGAGGUCCUAGAUGCAUGCGAAUUACUGCCCGAUCUUGCUAAUUUCGCACACGGGGAUAAAUCUAACAUUGGAGAGAACGGUAUUGGUCUCUCCGGGGGCCAGAAGGCACGAGUCGCGCUGGCACGAGCUGUGUAUAGUCGAUCUCGCAUCAUCCUGCUUGACGAUCCGCUCGCAGCGCUCGACCACAUGACAGCUCAAUCUAUCGUACGAAAGCUAUUUCGCGGGUCCCUCCUAAAGGGGCGCACCGUUGUGCUGGUUACGCACCGAGUCGACCUAUGUCUAUCGCUGGCGGACCAGGUGGUCGAAAUCACCGAUGGCAGAGCUCGCGUCCUCGACCCAGAUGAGUACCCCCGAGAAAUUGAGACCCCCCGACACACACAAGAGAGCAUUGUUGAAGACGAGGCCCAGAAUGUCACUGAGGAAUUAGCGAACGCAGCGGUUCCAGACAAAUUCGUCGAGGACGAAGUCCGUGCAUCGGGUGGCGUCGUCGCCCGAGUUUAUUGGACAUAUAUAAAAGCAGGGAAGCUAACAUCAUGGAUCGCUGUUAUCGUCAUUUUCUCUCUUUUCCGGUUCGCUCGUAUAUUCAAUUACUGGUUUCUCAAGUCAUGGGGCGAGGCAUAUGAAAGUGUCAAGGCUCGGUUAUCUGCACAUUCAUCUAGCCUCGGAGACGGUAUCUUCAACGGGCUUCCAAGCCCAGAUAAUGAUGUCAGGCCGUGGCUAGUAUGGUAUGCCAUUCUUGGUCUCGUCAUGACUGUAUUGUUCGUCCUCACCCAAAUCGGCCUUACAGUCAUAUUAUACAGAGCAGCGAAAAGUCUGUUUGCCAAGGUUAUUGAUCGAGUGAGCCGCGCGACAUUCCGCUUUUACGAUGUCACCCCAGUUGGGCGCUUGAUGAACCGUUUGACAUCUGAUAUUGGGAUGUUAGAUGGUGGUGUUAUCCAACCACUCCAGAAUUUUGCUUUCUGGUCCCUAACAUGGCUUAGUUCCAUGAUUGUAAUUGCCCUUACAACGCCAGUAUUCUUCGUAUUCGCUCUUGGAAUGACCGUUUGGUUUAUUGUCAUCUUCAUGCGAUUUCUGCCGACCUCGCAAAGUCUUCGCCGGCUUGAAAUGGUCACACUCAGUCCACUCAUGUCAAAUUUUGGCAUUCUUGUUGAUGGAUUAGCAACUAUUCGAGCAUUCAAGGCGCAGCCAGUCUUCCAGAACCGUAAUAUUGUCGCCACAGAUACUUUUCAGAAAAUGGACCACUUCUACUGGAGUUUGCAGGCGUGGCUCCAAUACCGAUAUGAUUUGUUAUCCGCAUGUUCUAUAUUUGCUUUAACAACGUUAGCCUUGUACCAAGGUCUGUCACCUGGCUUAACCGCUUUCGUGCUCACCAGUGCUGCUCAACUAGUCGAGUCAACCCACAUUCUGUGCAAAACAUAUGGUCAGCUUCAAAUGGACUUUGUGUCGGUGGAGAGGGUGGUCGAGCUCCUAGAUCUAGAAGAAGAGCCCAACGGAGAUAUCCAGCCACCUGCUUAUUGGCCUUCGUACCAAGAUAGCAUCACAUUCGAUUCGGUGACGGUUAAGUACGCGCCACACCUUGAACCUUCGCUGGUAGAUGUGUCAUUCACGAUCCCCAGCGGGUCAACCUGUGCGGUAUUAGGACGAACAGGGUCCGGAAAGUCUACCUUAGCGCUGGCCCUUCUCGCAACAAUGCACCCAGAAAAGGGGCAAAUCCGGGUUGGUGACCUAGACAUCUCUCGAGUCGAUGUACACACCUGGAGACAACGUAUCAGCUUUGUGGCACAAGAUCCAGUUCUAUUUCCGGGCUCGAUACGCGAAAAUCUAGACCCACUAGAGCAGCACACAGAUGAGGAAUGUAAGGAGGCGUUACUCCGAGUCUUAGGCCCGAAAUGGUCUCUGGGUUCCAUGGUUGAUGUUGGUGGUAAGAACCUUAGCCAAGGUCAACGGCAGCUUGUGGGCAUUGGGAGGGCCAUACUAAGAAAGAGUCCUAUCAUUAUCUUGGAUGAGGCAACAGCUUCGAUCGACAAGAAGACUGCGUUGGCAAUACAGGAUGUGUUGUUGGCAGAACUGAAAGAUAGCACGGUAAUCACGAUUGCUCAUCGAUUAGAGGCAGUGAAGGAUGCAGAUUACUUUAUUCGGUUGGAUGCUGGACGAGUUAUUGAAGCAGGGCCAGCUGGAGAGUCUACCUAAGUACCCUAGGUAGUAUAUACCUUAGGUUGGGUAGGUACGACGUACGUGCCUGCCUAGUAGGUACCUAUAUAUGUAGGAGUUGGGACGUGGCUACCUACCUACACUAUGCCGCAUUGUUAAGGCAUCUAACAUACCCUACCCUGGUAUGAUAAUAGAUGGUAAGCCAGAUUGGACAACAAACAAGGCAGGCACGAAUGGUAAAUCCCAAAAUAGUAUGUACCUACCUACCUAGCAGUACCUUGCCCUAGCAGAUUGGAAGGCAGACGUGCCUAGGUAUAUACUAGGUACUUACAUUGAUAUGUACUGUACCUCAAAUAUAUAUAAAUAAAUAAAAAUAAUAUUGAAAUCAA